AGGCCUUCCUGAGAUGCCGUGGCAGUAGAAGUGGGAACCCCGCCGGCAGGGCCCGCAGGCUCGACUGACCACGAGACCAGGAACCCGGCCGGAAGGCAUGAAAGCUCGUCCAAUUGCAGCUUGUUGAGGGUAGCCACUGGGCCCAGACCCUGCACAUCCCCUGAAGACCAGUGAGGAGGGAGUUACUGGAGACAUCAGAUGCCAGGCGCAAGGGCCAGUGCAAACCAGGGUAAUUCCUCAAGCGCCUUUAAGGUCAGCUGCAGGGGGCGGCCCCGGGACGCAAAGAUGGUUGGGCAAGGAGACGGACAUCAAUUCGUGGGUCAAUCUGGUCGAAGGCAAUAUAGGAAGGCCCUCCAGGAGCCUGGGACUUAUUAGAUCGGGAGCUGCUCCAGUAAACUGAGCGCCCGGGCGGACUGGACUAUGGACGUGGAAAUGGCGCCAGAAAAUUGGCGGUGCCCGCAUGUGUAAAUGUGCAAAAAUAAUUUCACUGUUCAGUUGCACGUGUGACAAAUAAAGCUCCAUUGAACCAUAAAGCACACAAACACACACACCAGAGCACAAACUAUCACAAGCAAGCUCCAUCUUCGCCUCACCAAAUAGCAAUAUCAAUGUGUGCCCAGCAGAUGUCACUGGAUGUCUAUCUGUAACAGGAGCACUGGUUAAUUUACCCUUUGCCAGCCUUUCAAAUAAACAUCCCUUGAACUUUUACAUCUACUUGAUCUGAUGCUCGAUGAUUCAACACAGGUCAUAGCCCAAUGGUUUGUUUAACUUAGUUACACAAAGGCUGAUGGAUGUACAUUGACAGCUGAUUCUGCAACUUUGCUGCUGCUUCACAGAGGAAAAUGGUGGGAAUUUAAAGUUCUCUUCAGACACCAUAACGUCCACUUCAAUGGCCCAACAUACUGUUUUUACAAGAUGUCAAUAUCCAUUGAAGGAGUAUUGCAAAACCUUGACACCGGAAGAUGUGUAGGGGUUGAAAUCUACAACAAUAGUACGCAAUACAUUUUAACUGAACCUGAGACCUACAGUUACAGUGGCCGAGUGGCCGAUCCACCACCCCCCAUUAUUGACCGGGGACAGAAAGGAGUGUGUGUGUUCAUCAAGACUCCAUACACAACCCGCGGUGCUGUCGGGGUGCUGACCUACAAGUUCGGCAGCACUCAGAUCUCGCUGCAGGUUUCCAACCCGUUUGACUACAACAGGUACAGCAUCGAGUUUGCUCUGUAUGUCCCCGACUACUUCAUUGCGACUAACAAAAACCUAUACACCCAGAUGUACUCCGAGCUAACGGAGUCACCUUCCUUUACCAAGACAGCGCUGGGCAAGGGAAACACAGCACUGAACAUCACUAAAGGGAAGAUAUUGGUUUCAGCCACCAUGUCUAAUGAGCGGAAAGCUAUUCUCAAAAUAGAUAUCAGAGAUGCUUAACUCCCUGCAAAACCUCUUGUAUUAGAUACAAGUCCUUCAUUAUUUUAAUUUGAUCACUAACCAUUUUUUUCCAUUGUUUGUUAUCUUCUUACUCUAAUGUUGUGUUCUGAUCCCUCUGCCAUGACCACUGCUGGUAAUUCAUUCUAUAGUCUGUUAAUUUUUUGCUUGAAAAAUAAAUAGUUUAACUUCUCCUGUUCAGCAGGAGAUCUUAAAGUUCACUGUUGGUAAUUUGGCAAUUUUCUUUUCUAAUUGUAAUCACAUAUCUAAGGAUAAUAAAACUAUA